AUGCAGAAACUGCAGUUGACCCUUGCAAUAAUAAAACCGCAUGCCGUCAAAAAUCCUGUUGCGCUUUCAUACAUUAGACAGGUAAUAAAGAAUAAGUUUAUCGUAAUCAAAACGAAAAGACUAUGUUUAGACACUGAUACUGCAAGUAAAUUUUACAAAGAACACGUGGGAAAGUUCUUUUACAAUCGAUUAAUCACUUUCAUGGCCAGUGGAUGCAUAGAUCUUCAUAUUAUGGGUCAUUCAAAUGCAAUUGAGCUCUGGAGGCUUCUCCUCGGUCCAACAAGUGUCUAUAAAGGACAAUUUCAGAAACCUUAUUGUUUACGAGGCAUGUUUGGCAUUUCAGACACUAGAAAUGUUGCACAUGGUUCUGAUUCCCUCGCAUCUGCAGAAAGAGAAAUAAAAUUCUUCUUCCCUGACUUUUCUUUUUAUAAAUGGCACAAGAAUGAUGAAGAAUUUUAUAGAAAAGGCCCAAUUGUAUUCAACAAUCAUCUAUUUCAACAUGUCAGAAGACUCUAG